UCUCUCCAUCUUUUUCCACUACAGUGAAAACGAGAGCGCGUUUCCCACUCCUGCUCUUGUGCAACACAAACACACUCAGGAAUAGAAGCCAUCGUCACUGCGCUACAUCUGACAUCAGAUAGCAGGAGGACUAUCUCAGACAUUCACUGCAGCCCAAAAGGUCAGCAGUGGUGCACUGGACUUUGAGUGAGAUCAUUUCAUCUUCCUCCUAGACUGAUAUAAGACUGUGCGCCAUGAAGACCAGACUCGGGUGCCUGUCCCACAAGUCCGACUCAUACAGCGACUUCACAGCGUUCCUGCCUCCAGUACAAGAAAAGGCACCCAAGUGCAUGAAGCUGUCAACAGAUGAAGUUGUACGAUGGGCGGAGUCGUUCGACGUUCUUCUUUGUAACAAAUAUGGUUUGGCGGCUUUCAGAGCAUUCCUCAGGACGGAGUUUAGCGACGAGAACAUCGAGUUCUGGAUGGCCUGUGAAGACUACAAAAAGAUCAAGUCUCCCUCCAAGCUGAUGACCAAAGCAAAUAAGAUCUAUGAACAGUUCAUUGACAUUCAAGCACCCAGAGAGGUAAACAUUGACUUUCACACCAGGGAAUUGACUAAGCAGAACCUACUAGAACCAACCACUUCCACCUUCAGUGACGUACAAGGCAGAGUGUACAGCCUAAUGGAAAAGGAUUCCUACCCACGAUUCCUGAGGUCGAAUAUAUAUAUAGACAUAUUAAACAAGGCCCAAUCGCAGCGUCAGAGGCGGUCCUUUUAGCGGGUCACCUGAUAGCUCGUCAUUUGAUUCAUGCCGACUGAACUAGGAAGCAGGUACAGAAAGUGGUAGAACACACAUUAACGCUCAUCAGCAGGUGACAUCAUUUCCUGUGUUAAGUGUAAACAGUUCUGGCAUGAGCAUCCUAUUAAUAGGCUGUCUAGUGGUUUUCUUGCUACAUAGGAAAACAAAACACGACCUUGUACUGUGUUUCAGAAGUCCAUCUUCAUAGUUAUUUUGACAUCAAACAUAUUGAUUUGAACCCGCAUGCCAUCUUAAUGUGUCAAAAAGCGCACACAUACAUUAUAUUAUCUACAUUAUGGACUGUUUCCAUUGUCUUUGGAAAAGCAAAUACUUUUGUUUCAAAGGAGAGUCUAAAUAUUAUAAUUAAGAUUGAUGUCUUUGCGAUUUAUUGAUAUUUAUCCUUCCAUUCAUUUUCCAAACCGCUUAUCCUACUGGGUCGCGGGGGGUCCGGAGCCUAUCCCGGAAGCAAUGGGCACGAGGCAGGGAACAACCCAGGAUGGGGGGGCAGCCCAUCGCAGGGCACACUUAUUGAUAUUUAUAUUUUUAUAUAUUUUUUAUUAAUUGCCCUAGAGAAAUGGUAUAUAAUGUAGCAGGUAACCUUAUAUUUACUUAUAAAUUAUAAUAAUUUAUUUGGACAUUGAUGGAAAAUUGGCCUCCUUGUAUUAUUUAAAAUGCAUGUCAGUAACCUAGCAAAGGAACAAAUCUUCUAUUUCCUUUCCAACCUUCUUCCAAGGUUUGGCUUUACAAAAUAAUUUUAUGUACAGUAUGUCUCAUUUGUCCUGUCUGUGCAGUGAAAGGUCAUUUGAAAAAAAGAAAUUAAAUGAUAUUUUGUGUUGGUGAUUAAAAAGUGUAAGUUCAAACGUUUGUGUGACUCUUGUAAAAUAAUGUUUCUCGUCUUCCAAGGCCACGUUCGUGAUUUAACUUAUUUAUUAUUUAUUAUGUUACUGGUGACACCUACACUGAUGAAUGUCUUUUGCAUCCCAUAAAUGUUGUAAAAGUUGUCUGCCAGUUAAAAAUAAAGAGCAU